UCUGCGCGAAACUCCCGGGCAGAGCGAUUAGCCGCCGCCGCAGGACACAGAGCAUAGAAACCUCCGGGCUUCCGCUCAUCGCGGAGCAUCGCGGGGGCUCGGUGGGGGAGUGCAGACUCCUCCAGCAUUUACCCCUGAGCUUCCACCUGGAGAAACUCGGCAGCUGCCGCAGUUUGUCUAGUUCCCUCUGGCUGCCUCUUAUAGGCCUCUCCCAACCCCCUGCCCUGUCCCACACUCCCCCCAAUCCUCUGUCCUGUCCCUCUCUGUUCCUCACACCCCAAUCCCAGACCCAUAGCCCUUUGUCCCAUACUUGGAUUGCUUGUCCCAUUCCUCUCAUUCCAGCCCUAUACAAACCUGCCUCAUCCCCCCUCUAUCCCAUACUCCCAUCCCGAUCUCCUGCCCUGUUCCCCCAUUCUUGCUCUAUACACCCCUGCCUCCUGCCGUUUACCUCCCCAUCCCAUAUUCAACCCUACACCAUUCUCCGCCCUGGUCCCAUCCCCCCACUGGCCCGAUGCCACUACCACCACCUGGUCUGUCAUUCUUCCCCCCAGGGCAGGUGGCCCGAGUCUGUGAGGCCCUGCAGGAGAAUGGGGAGUUUGAGCGUCUGGCACGGUUCCUUUGGGCUUUGCCACCUACCCUUGCCAACAGAUGCCACCAGGCCCCUCCAUGGGUGCCGGCCUGCCCUGAGCUGGAGCUGCUGGGCCCCCACACCUCAGCCCUGCUGGCACCCUAUUGCAGCCAGGCCUCACCUUGUGGGGCCCCAGGGACCUUGGGGGGCCUGGACCAGUACCCCUGCAGGAGACUAUCCUUCUCAGCCUUCCCCAACAGCAACAUCAGCAGCUUCAAGGAGAAAACACGGAACCUGCUGCGGGAAUGGUACCUGCAGGACCCCUACCCCAACCCCUCCCGCAAGCGCCACCUGGCCCAUGCCACUGGCCUUACCCCCACCCAGGUGGGGAACUGGUUCAAGAACCGCCGACAGCGGGACCGUGCUGCCUCAGCCAAGAACAGACUCCAGAAAGAUUCAUCAUCCCAGCCUCCCAGGGCUGAGAGUCAAGACAUCAUAGGCCUGAGUGACACCCCAUCUCUGCAGGAGCACAGCAGCGCCCUCAGCAGGCAGACGUAUCCCACCUCAACCAUCAGUGACAGCAAGAGCAGCCUAUGAACAGCAGAGACCUGCACCUGGCCAGGGGUGGGCAGUAGUCAUUGAUUUCCCCACCCCCACCUUACUCCUUGGAUGACAUGGAAGGAUGUGACCUGCAGGGGGAUCCAGCCAGAAGCCACAGGACAAGGAUUACUUGUGUAAGCAGGGGCUGAAUGAGCUCUCCUCUGACAUCUAGCAAUGAGCCAAGAUGAAAAGAUUUCAGGAACAGACUGUAUUUGCAUAAACAUACCUACUCUUUCUAGGUGCACAGCAUGAUGGAGCUGCUUUGCCAAAGCAAUCAGUUUUUGCUGGUGUUGGAUCAAAAAUCACUUUUUUGAAUAUGUUGUUAUCCUUAUUACCAGUAUAUGAGUAAAUGGCAGCAGAACUGUACUUAGCCUGCCCUGAUUGAGGGGCUCACCCUAAACUGAAUCUCACUCGCUAUACAGGGAUGCCAAAGCCUAGGGCAGAAAAGAGAGGGUAAGAGUGAGUGUUCAUGUCUUGGGGUGUGGGUUCUCACUAGUGAGUCCUAGGCAUUAUUUGCUACUCUUCUUUGUAGUGUUUAAAAAUAGAGCUGAUUAGACUUUUUUGUGUGUGUUCAGUACUCAUUAGAGCUGAAAUCACUGAUAACUAGGUGUUGAGCGUUAGAGCUGGGGUAUGGCAGUGGGGCACUGAAAGAAACUGCAAAGCCUGCACUAGAAGCGAGGUUCCUCCCACCUCUUAAAAUCACUGAGAGCUGCCUUAAGUGGUAGAACCUCAGAAUGUGAUAUUACAGCAGAGAAAUGGCAGUUGAAGUGGGUAGUCCUGGUGCAGUGAACACUAGCAACUAUGAGCCACUUGCAAUGGUGCACACAAACAGAGGCAGUGCUCAACACUUUUGGGGUGAACUCAUGUGAACACACCUCUGAACUAUGGGUCUUUGCUGAUCAAGGACAGUAACUGUGAAUAGAGUGCACUGGGGAAAGUGGUGUGUUUUUACACUGCAAGAUGAGAAA